CUUGGGAUUUAGGAACCAUGCAACUGGUCUGAUGAAAGUUUUUCCAAUGGUAAUUGGUCGAAAAAACUUAGAAAUACCUUCAUAAUUUUUAAUGUUUUCUAAUUUUUUUUCUUUAUGUGAUGUUGUAUACUAUUACCUUACUCAAAAUAAAAACGUUUUUGGUUGCUGUUUUGCUAUCUGACGUACAAUCCGGUCAUCAUUGUUUGUGGUUUCUUUGAACUGAUGAAAUCAUAGACGUAAAUUUGGACAUUUAGCUCGGCUUUUCAAAUACAGUUUUUACCGAAUUCUGAACACUAAUUAUUGAUCAUGGGAGAUUCAUCCAGAGCUAGCUACGUGUACCAGGCAAAACUUGCCGAACAAGCUGAGAGGUAUGAUGAUAUGGUUAAGGCCAUGACAGAAGUCGUAAAAUUGAACACAGAAUUAUCUGUUGAAGAACGCAACCUUCUCUCUGUGGCAUACAAAAAUGUCAUAGGGGCCCGCCGAGCGUCAUGGAGAAUCAUAAGCAGUAUUCAAAUGAAAAAUGAAUCGGCCGGUCAAGGCAAUGAAGAAGCAAGUGGAAAAUAUGCCAUGGCAACAGAAUAUCGAAAAACCGUUGAAACUGAGCUUCAAGAUAUUUGUAAGCAGAUUCUGAAAGCUUUAGACGAUCACCUGAUCAAAAAUGCAGAAAAAAAUGAGUCAAUAGUGUUUUACUACAAGAUGAAAGGUGAUUAUCAUCGGUAUUUGGCUGAAUUUUUGGAUGGUGAUGAGAGAGACAAGGCGGCUACAGCAAGCUUAGACGCAUAUCAAAAAGCCACAGAUGCAUCAGAUAAUCUGGAACCUACUCAUCCAAUUCGUCUUGGCCUUGCUCUAAACUUUUCAGUCUUCCAUUAUGAGAUUAAAAAGCAAAGUGAAGUGGCUUGUCAACUUGCUAAGAAAGCAUUUGACGACGCAAUAGCAAAACUGGAUACUUUGAAUGAAGAUUCGUACAAGGAUUCGACUCUAAUUAUGCAGCUGCUUCGUGAUAACUUGACUCUGUGGACAUCUGAUGCUGAAUCGAAUAAAGAUGAUGAAAAGUGUGAUGACGAGGAAGUCGAUGUUCAAGACGAUUAACUAUCUAGAUUCAGACACACACCCUUCAAGCAAUAAACAUUCUGAUUUUGGUUGAACAGGCGGUCACCAAAAACUAUUAUCAGCUGAAAUAUAAAACAUAUUUUCUUCUCUUAUAACACAAUAUGCCGGAUGAUGAGUUGUUGAGAGGGAAUGGUCUUGUGUGCUGUAAUCAUAAUGGUUGUAGUUAUUUACCGUUCAGUUUGUCUCUGUUGUUUUCAAAUUUAUAAUCCACUCGUUUUCUUUCUGUUCACACUGUCUAUAAUUUUGGAGAAGAUAAAUUCUGUGCUUUUUUAUUCGUAACAUCCGAAGGGUGGAGGUCUAUAUUGUUCUCAUUCUGCCAUUUAUAAGUUUAAGCUGUUCUAAUUGCUGGAAAAUUUUGCAUUCAAUUCGUGUAUUAGUUAACUUGAUGUAAUUGGUUUAAAUCUCAUUGGCAAUUCAGCAUUUGUGAUUGGACUAUUGCUCCAGAAAAUUGAAUAUGCUGGAUAUGUUGCCAACAUUUCAGGAUUUAUUUACAUUUAUUAUUGAAAUUAUAAAUCAACCUAAAAAAAUUGCAUGGUAUUUUGAGUAGCUGUUCUUGUAUUCUUGCUCUUUGCAGUAAUCUAACUGCGUCUCUCAUAGCAUGUUUUUGUAUGGCCACAGUUUCUGAAAAUGUUCAAAUUUUUGGUUUUAAG